CACAGUGCGACCAAUUUGCUUUAGUGUUAGUGCAGUGCUGAUAAACAGAAGACGUUUUCUAUCGCCCGGCCAGUGUGUCGUGUUCAGUGAAUUGCCCGCACCCGUUAAAAUUAUUCCUUCGUCACCGCCAUCUAGCAUCCGAAAUGUUUGAAUAAGUGAGACAAAAGGCACGAGGUAAAGAAUUGAAAAUGAUGGAAGUGAACCAACCAAUCGCUACAAAUGCCCUGGAGUUGUCCAAGAUGAGCACGUCUGUGAGUGAGACUGAAACUCUGAAAGAUGCUGAAAUCGUUAAACAAAACGGGACGUCAAAACAUCUCGAACCGGAUAGUGAAAUCACUAAUGGCUUUAGUGUUGAGGAUGCCAUGGGACAGCUGAUGUACAGUGAUUCGGAAGAAAAUCUCUGUGGAGCCAAAAAGGAGGCCGACCAAUCGGAGGCUGAUGCUAGCGAGACUGAGCUGGUGCAAAAUAUCUCAACCAAUCUCAUCGAGGAUAUCAUUCAGCUGGGUAAGGAUGCCAAGCGAACGAGUGGCGAGAAUGGCACACAAGAAGCGGAGGAAAAGGAGGAAGGCUCCGAGCUUCCGCCACCAUCGGUGCAAUCUUCGGAACGCAGUGGACCCGAGGAGGAAACCACCACCGCCACUGCUGUUUGUGCCAUCGAGGAAGACACACUCAUCGAAGCGGACGACGACUUGCCGGAAACGGUCAGCGAUGUUGAGCUGGGUUUGAACGAAAGUGUCCUGCUGGAAGAGGAUGACACUGCCGGUGAAAAUUUGUUGCUCGUCAGUGGGAAGGAGGAGGGAGAAGGCACUUUGCAAAGCUCAGCUAUACAGAUCGAGGAUAGCGUAGUGAUUGCUGGUGGAGGUGGUGAAAGUAUCGAGGUAACGUUGGAUGAGCUCACCGAUAACAGCAUGGUGACAAUCGACGAGAGCGGACUGAGUAUAUUGAACACUGCCGCGGUUGAUAUCGGUGACAUGACGACGGUUGAUGAUUCGGUGAAAAGUGUGGAUGAGAUGGCGGCUGUUGCUUCCGCAAAAAGCGAGGAACAGUCAGAGUCUGUCAUGGAGGUGGAAGAGAUGAUUACAUCGUCUGCUGACGACAGUCCAAAGGACGAUGACGAUGAGAAAAUGGAAUCUACCGUGGAGGAAACUGGGGGUGAUAAACUGAACAAAUCUCAAAUCGCAGCGGAGAUAGAAGAUUUGAUCACGUUUCAAGAUAUCGAUAAGGUUGAAGUACGAGCGAAAACGCCUGAUAAUAUAGCUGAGCAUCCAAAAAGCGAUUCUGACGAAUCGGAAAUUGUUAAAUUGCCGGAUGAAACCAUGGAAGAAGAGGCGCCGAAGGUUCUAGAACCUGAUGUAUCGGAUCUAAUAAAGUUCGACAGCCUCGUUGAUGCUGUUGAAGAGAAAAAACCCAGCCAGGAAGAGGCUAACACGGAGAAAUCCGAUCUGGAGAAACUACCGGAAGAAAGUGCGGAGAGUGUAAGUGAUGAAACAGAAAAGGAUAGUUCCGAGAGUAAGAAAGAGACUUCGGAUGAAAUUUCAGAGGGUUCACCGGAGGAAAGUUUACCGAAAGCGUCCAAUGGUAUCGACCAAGAGAAACAGUCAACAACAGAAACGGAGAAAAAAGACGACGAGAGCAAAUCGGAUGCCUCAAAGAAGGAUGAGGAUGCCUGUCCUCAAGCACUGCAAGCAGCCGACGAGGAAGAUUUGCUGGAGAUGAUGGAGGAGCCCGCGCAGAUGGAUCCAGACGAGGAGAACCUGGAGGAGGAUGGCGAUGACAAUAGCAGCGAAUCGGGAAGUGCUAAACGCUCCCAGGAAGACGAGGGCGACGACGAAGAAGAGGAAGAGGAGGAAACCGUGGACGAUGACGAGAGUAGUAGGAAUGCUGGGGAUGAUACGAUGGAUGUUCAAACAGCAGAAGAAGGGGAAGAGCUUACCGAGGGGGAGCCGCCUGUGAAGAAAAAAUGUUCCAUUGAUUUGAGAGAAGCUGAGAAUGAUAUGGACAGCACUAGUAGAGAGCCAGAACAUGUCGUAGAGAAGGAGAAGGAGGAUAAGGAAGAGGAAGAGAGCAUUGAUCAACCAAAACCUGACAAGCUGGAUGAGAAGUGUAGCGGAAAAGCCAAUGAAGAAGACAAAGUUGAGGAUCUGAUGAAAGAAGUUGAUGAACUGCUGAGGAAGGAUGAAAACAAAGUCGCGGAAUCAGUGGAAACAUCGGUAAAACAAAAUACUACUUCUAAAGAGAGUGUUCCAAAAGAUGUGGAACCUGAAAGCAUGGAGGUUUGUGAUUCAGAACCCACAUCCGAAAAGAAGGCUGAGGGUGAUUCGGAGGAAAAUGUUACACGUGCUGAUUCUGAUGAAAAGAAAAGUAAACCGGAAACAGCAGAAAAAGAAUCGAUUGAGAAGGAGGAAGCUCCGAAGAAAACGGAUGAAAUGAAAGUGGAUGAUGAUUCGAGUAAAGAUACAAAUGCUCAGAAAAAAAUCUCUGCAAGUGUUUCCGAUCAAGACGAAGUGUUUUUGAUCGACGAUGAUGACGACAUUCCAGUGAAAGACGAUAAAUCGCAAAAGCCUGUGGGAAAACGACCCUGUCCAGAUGAUAAAGGUGAAGCGAAGGAGGAAGAAUUGGUUUCCGCAAAGAAAAUUCGGUUAUCAACGGAGAAGAAGGAAGAUUCUGCAGAACCACCAAAAGACAAACCCGAAUCUUUGCUGGAAUCUAUUGAACCACUCAAGGUAAGCUUGACACCGGAACCAGAAGCCUCUAAGGAGAAAAAAACAAUUCGAAUGGAUUUCAUGAACAAAUUUCUUAAGCCUCUGGAAAGGAUGAACCGUUCGAAUUUGGAAGAAUUCGUGUUGCAGAAAAUUGUCGAAGGAAUAGCUUUCAAAUCCUCUAUUGCGGAAAUGAGAACCCAACUGGAUGCCCAAGAUACGCUCCUCCAGGGUUACCGCCAAAAGGUUCAUGAUCUGAAGAAGCAGUUCAAGGAUUUGGAGAUGGUCCACGAACGAGUGGUGAAGGAUUUGGAAAAGAAAAAUCAGCACUUCAUAACGCCUGUGAAAAUCACGAGGGCUGUCGGUUUGCAGGUUUCCCAACCACGUUUCGUCCCCGCGAACCGACCAUCGGUUGGAGGCAACGCUUCUGGAAACAGUACUCCAAAGGGACCCAUCAAUCGAUCCCCAGCUUCUACACCAGGAACUUCUCCUAAUAAAAAUACUAAUCUAACGAAGCGCUUAACCUACAGCAGAGUUUCUCCCAUGGUGGUGAAAGCAAAAACUUCUAUUCAGCCAACAGUAGUCAAUAAGGCGGGAACUCCCGCCACUGUUGUCAGCAAGACUGUUAGUAAUUCGCCAGUGAACAAAGCUAUAACUCCAUUGCCGUCACAGGCAAGCAACGCUACGGUAAAUAAUGCGCAACCGCCACAACCAGCAGUUUCGACAUCACCGUCACCAGCAGCAGCAACAACAACAACAACAACUGCUGGAACUCCAGCUUUGAGGAAAAAGCCGCUACAGAAAUUCACUCCGAUGAGACCACCGCUAUCGAUUACGCAGCAGGUUCAGCAGCAACAGCAAACACGGCAAAUGCAGGAGCAACUUGUGAGACAACAAAUUCAAGAGGUUCAAACAAGUGGAAGUCAACCUCAAAGCCCAGCUACUCAAUCUCCUCAAGGAUCACCAUUAACACAGACACCUGAACCCACACCAGGUCCAGUCGAAGCGUCCCCUGCGCGCAUCCCACCGAUUGUGGUGAAGAAGAUAACACCCCAAGCGAAGGGUACUCCCGGAACCAUGCAAAUCAUCAACCGUCAAACCCCGUCAAUGGUCACAGCUGCUACGAAUGUGCGAUCCGCAUCAGCAGUAGCCACUACGGCGGUGACUCCGGCCAGCGCCGCUCCCACCACAGUUGACAAUUCGCUGAUAGAUCUCACCGACGAAGACGAUGUUCCGAAGGCGGCUGUUGUACGGGCACAAACGGCAACCGUUCCAACCGCUGUCGUCCCGAGACCUCCGAUCACACUUUUGAACGGUCAGCAGCAGCAGUAUGUUCAGCGACAGAACACUUCGAUGCCACCCUUGGUGGUCAUCAACCAGCAGCAGCGAAUGGUCAGUCGUCCGAUGCUGCAGCAGCGACCGGCAGGCGGUGGCACCAUUGUGACGUCUACUCGGCCAAUGUUGAUGCAACGACCGGGCAACGUCAUCAACGGAUUGCCUAGAGCGGCACUGGCUGGUCAACAGACUUAUAAACCUCGCAUGAUGAAUGGACAAAUUGAUCCCAGCCGCCGAAUAGUGGCACGCGCGCCUAUCCGUCAACCAGCGGCCAGUUUUGUUCAUCCCGCUCCACUGCCACAACCGGGCGCACAACCCAACAAUGGGGCCUGGAAGCAUGGCCCACCACGGCCCUCGAUACGUAUCAACAACAUCGAAACCGGCAUCGUGAUCUCGUGGACAAUGGAUGAUCUGUCCGAUAACCAUGCUACGAUUGUGAGCUACCAGAUCUACGCCUAUCAGGAGACGGCAGCACCUCCUUCGGUGGAUAUGUGGCGCCAUGUGGGCGAUGUGAAGGCUAUGUUGCUCCCGAUGGCGGUGACGUUAACACAGUUCCAGGAAGGUCAGCGUUAUCAUUUUGCUGUGCGGGCAGUUGACGAGCACCAACGGGUGGGACACUUUAGCCCCCCGCGGACGUGGAAUGAAUCCGCACCUGGUAAAGCUUAAAGUUCUUACAUCUCUACUAGUGGACAGGAAUAUUUAAAAAAACAGAAUACAUGUAUGUCAACAAUUAGUGUAGAUUUUAUCUUGCAAAGCGAAGAAUAGAAAUAAUUAACGUAACAAAUUAAUUAUAGGUAGGAUCAAGAAGAUGUUUGCUUUUAAAUGUGUAGUUCGCCAGUAUGUAGUAAAACUCGUGCAGCACAAAACUGUUUCAAAGGUUUUGUUCUUAUGACGCCAGCUCCAAUGUGUUGUCGAGUAGCCAUUCUCUCGUUCAAACGAAGGCAUUGGGGUUAUGUUUUCGUAUGCCUGCAAAAAGUUUUUACCUUUCUAACCGGUGUACUGUUGUAACAAGAAUAAAUCUUCAUCACUCCAAACCCAUCAGUGGGCGAAUUGUACAAAGUACUGUGGACAUCAAGUCCCUUUCAAUUAACAACAAAAAGAUAAUAUUCAAACUGGAUAGAUCAACCGUCGAAAAUCUAGAUAUUAAUAGUAAAAUUAUCAAGGCGUAUUGUUCUACGUGUAAGUUAAGCUAUAAUCUGCGGCAUAUGCGAGGAUAUUUAUUGUAGCCAAUUUCUAUCAGUCGAUGUUGGUUGUACUCACGCAAACUUACUAGGUAAAUGUCGCAGCUAUAGUAGAAGCAAAACUACGAGAUUGGAAUAAAAGCUUCAUUUCUUUAACAUAAGAUUCCCUCACGGUAUGAAUUUGAAUGUUUUUCUAGAAACUGAAUUUUUCGACAAGUUUCCUACUGGUUGUUAAUGAUGUCACUGAUGUCACAUAAUUUCGAAGAUGGCUCGAAAAGAAAAUGGAAAGGAUUUGGAAUAGAAACAGUGAGAAUGACAAUGAUAGAAAUUACUACUACAAGGCCUGAAUUAUAGCCCUAAUAAAUAUCUCCGUAUAUGCCACUAAUUAAGAGACAAAACUAGAUUUAGCAAUAAAUUUUCCAUAAUAUUUA